AUGCUCUCUACCAAUAACCAAAUACCCAAUACAUGCAUUACUUAUUUUCAUUCAAGAGCCAUACCAAAUAUUACUGUUUAUUCCUAUCUUGUUCGUAUACACAAAUUUGCACCAUUUACAAAUGAAGCCCUGUUGUCUGUCUUGAUCUAUUUUGACCGUAUUUCUAAACUAGAUCAAGGAUUCACUAUUAAUUCACUUAAUAUCCAUCGAUUGUUGAUUACAAGUAUCCUAGUGGCUUCUAAAUUUACUUCAGAUGUAUUCUAUGCCAAUAGUCGAUAUGCUAAAGUGGGAGGUCUUUCUUUAGUUGAAUUAAAUCAACUUGAACUUGAAUUCUUGUUCUUGAUUGAUUUUGAAUUAUAUGUUGAACUACAAGACCUUCAAGCAUAUGCAAAUCAACUCUUAUCGCAUGCCAUCUCUAUUUAUUCAUACAAAAUCACUUUACCUCCUGUCAAGACGAUAGAACCAUUUCAUCCUUAUCGAAAAAAGCAAAAAAUUAGACCUUGCAUCUCCUAA